CGGAGCAGGCUGGCUCCUCGCACACGGGACACCAUGGGAGGGACGGCUCGGCACAGCCCGGAGCGCUGCCGCUUUCUGGACGCAGAAGCGGCCAAGCCCAGGAAGAAGAGCUGCCCCGGGUACCAGCUCUGUGGACUGCUCCUCUGCGUGCUGCUCCUUUCUCUUAUUCUGAUAUUUUUUGGUGUCAGAUACCUCUGGAACCCAGCACCCAGAAAAGUUUAUGACAUGGAACACACGUUCUUCAGCAACGGCGAGAAGAAGAAGAUUGUGAUGGAGAUUGACCCACUGACCAGGACAGAGACCUUCAGCAGCGGGAAUGGCAGCGAGGAGAUCCUGGAGAUCCAUGACUUCAAAAACGGAAUAACCGGCAUCUUCUUUGUGGGACUUCAAAAGUGUUUCAUCAAAACUCAGACCAAAGUCCUGCCCGAGACGACAGAGGCCAAGAUCCCUGAGCUUGAGGGACAAGAAAUCACCACCACCUACUUUGAGCAGUCUGUGGUCUGGGUGCCUGGGGAAAAGCCCAUUCAGAACAAGGAAUUCCUGAAGAGCUCCAAAAUUUUUGACAUCUGCAAAAAUGUGACCAUCUUCUGGAUCCACCCCACGCCGAUAGCAGCUCCUGAGCUGGCCAACCUUGAAGGGACAGAAGAAGAAGACCCUGAGCUGCUGAUGGACAACCAGAGCUGGCUGGACGUGGGGAGCGAGCGUGAGCUGGAGAAGGAGGCGCAGGCGGGGCCCAAGCGCCGGGCACGGCAGCUCACCGAGGAGGAUCUGCCCGUCAAUGACUACUCGGAGAACGGGCUGGAGUUCCACCCUCUGUGGGAUGAGCGGGGUUACUGCUGUGCCCGGUGCCGCCGUGCCAACCGCUACUGCCGCCGUGUCUGCGAGCCCCUGCUGGGCUACCACCCCUACCCCUACUGCUACCAGGGCGGGAGGGUCAUCUGCCGCAUCAUCAUGCCCUGCAACUGGUGGAUCGCCAGGAUGCUGGGCAGGGUGUAGCGCCCGCCGCUCCGCCCUGGGCUGCGCGCUGGUACGGGACAGCCCGGGUGAUGUCCGGGUGAUGUCCGGGUGAUGCCCGGGUGAUGUCCGGGUGAUGUCCGGGUGAUGCCCGGGCGAUGUCCGGGUGAUACCCGGGUGAUGUCCGGGUGAUGUCCGGGUGAUACCCGGGCGAUGCCAGGGUGUUGUCCGGGUGAUACCCGGGUGAUGCCCGGGUGAUGUCCAGGUGAUGCCCACACACCUGCGGCCCCGGCACCUCCCGGGUGACCCCCGCACCUCCCGGGUGACCCCCGCACCCUGCACUGCUGCCGCGGGGCUGGGCGAAGCCGCGCCCGGAAGUGUCGCGGAACAGCAAGAGGCAAACAAUAAACGUCUCGUAUGAGCGAUU